AUGUCAUUCUUAUCAAGAAACGGUGUCACUGAACUAGUCCUUACCUAUUCAAAUCAACAUUAUGAACUACCUUCUUAUGUGUUUUCUUGUCUGGAUUUGACAAAGUUGGAACUGAAAAACUGUAUCUAUAAGCCGCCACUUGAGUUUAACGGAUUUCUCAAUCUUAAAGAACUCAAUUUGGAGGAUGUUGAUUUUGGGACUAGCUGUGGAAAUAAGAUCAACCUACCAAAGCUUAAGAAGUUGUUCCUUUUUAGUUGCAAAAAUGUUUACAAAUUUAACAUUAAGGCUACAAAACUGCAGAAGUUGACUGUCAUUGCUUGUCCUGAUGCCUUGUUGCUCGGGUUAUUGGACAGUCCAUGUCUUAUUUCAGUUUUCAUUUCUUCACAGGAUUACACACAGGAUUUUGUAGGAGUUGAAAAAAUGAAUUUGGCCACAAUGUUGAGUAACUUGCCGAGACUUCGAUACAUUUAUACCGACAGUAAGUUAAAUCUAACUUUCAUCUCACAGUCUUUGGUUGUAGAAAAGAUUCCUAAAUUGCUUCCACGUGCGAUUAGUCGUUUAAAGCAUAUGUGGUUGAUCCGUUUUCAAGUUGAUGAUUUGGAUCAACUUGAUGUUGCUCUUUGCUUGCUUCGAAACUCACCGAAGCUGGAAAAACUCACUAUUACACACCUUAUGGAGCAUCAUAUUGAUGUGGGACCAGCUUCAAAUCGUUUGGAAUCCCCAAACUGCUUGGAUUGUACAUUAGAUCAGUUGCAAGUUGUUGAGAUGAGACAUUUAAGAGGAUCAAAACCGGAACUUCUUUUUAUAAAGCUUCUUCUUGCUCAUUCCCCUUCUCUCAACAAGUUUACCAUCACACCAAAUGGAGAUCUUGAUGCUAAAAAAAUACAUGACAUUGCGAAGGAUGUUAUGCAAUUCCCUCGAGCGUCAACAAAGGCAAAACUAUUCUACUUGGAUCCCUAG